AUGGACAUUAAAGUAUAUUACUUGGACGUGGCGAAGAACGUGACGCUGGUAAAGCAGCUGGCUAAGCAGCUGGCUGCGAUAAUUACGAGCCCCGCGGCCCCCGCGCCCUCGCCCCCCGCCGCCCCCGCCGCCCGCACCGACACCGCCAGUCGUCUAGCGGAGAGCACCCCGGACCUAGUGUUGGACCUCCCGUCUCGUGCGACCCCCACCGCGCCCCCCGCGCCCCCGGGGCUGCUCCCAGUCGAGCCCCCGUCGGUGCCCCCCGCCGCGGCCCCCGCGGUGACGCCCGGCGCUGACCCCGCAGAUACCUUCGUGCACAACAGGGAUACACUCAAGAAACGUCCUCAACACAAACAGUCCAAGUCGGAGGGCGGCACGGAGGAGCCGGCGGGGGGCAGCCCGGUGCCGGCGCGGAACACGGCUCGCGUGGCGGCCAAGUUCGCCGACCUCACCCUCACCGGCGGCUCCCUCAAGCCCGCGCUGGCCGCCAAGCCCGCCCUGCUGCGCCGCCCGCCCGCCGCCGCCCCCNCCCGCGCCGCACUGACCGGCCGGCUGCACUAUAUAUUGAUAUCAAAUAUGUUUUAUAAAUGUGUAACUUUAAACUUGUAA